AUUUUUUCCAAAAUUCCAAAAAUAGUACAGGGAGAUAUUGACCACUACGUAACAGGAUCUUGUCACCUCACAUAAAAUUGAAAGUGACAAGUGCAUCACACUCCCGCCAUUGCGCCACCCCUUUCGCGCACCAUCAUCUUACUAACACCCCCGCCCCCUUCCCCAACACAUUCAUCAACAAAUUCAAUUCAAACACUCAGAAAUAAUUUCAUUGAAAAGUUAAAAAAAAUAUAAUCAGCAAAAAUGCAAUCCCAAUGUCUUUCUCUCUGCUCUUCUCCUCGUCUUUUCGCCGCCGUGGCCCCGCCCAAAGCUGUCUUCUCUUCUCUCCAACAGCGCCCUUCCCAUUUUUCAUGUCCUUCCUCUGUCAACUUUAAUCCACUCAGAUUGUCGCUGAAUCACCAGAAUUUGACGCUGAAGAACAGGAGUAAGCGAUCUUCAAUGGUUGUCAGUAACUCCUUAUCUUCGAUUAUCUCUCCUCGAAAUCUCCCAUGGAUUUCUGCCGUUUCUACUGCGAUUCUCAUGCUCGUGAAAGGAACCCCAAUACAUAAGUCGUUUCUUGUGCCUCUUUUUGCUUUACAGGCACCUGCAAGUGUCAUCGCGUGGAUGCAGGGAGAAUAUGGUGCUUGGGCAGCUUCUCUAGCCCUCCUUGCCCGCCUCUUCUUCUCUCUUCCAGGUGAACUGGAACUCCCUUUCCUUACAUUGGUUUUGGUAAUUGUUGCUCCACGUCAAGCAAUGAACCUAAGGGGGACACAGGCAGGAGCCAUUAUAUCUUUAACAAUUGCAGCCUUUUUGGCGUUCCAGCAUUUUACAAACACUGGAGGUCUGCAGAAAUCAUUUGAGCAAGUUUCUAUUGUUGCAACUUUAGCCAUCAUCUGUAUCACCGUUGUGCCUGGCCUGCUAUUGAUUUGAUUUUGAUGUGGAUCAAAUUUGUCGACGUCAUGUUUAUCUUUUAGAAAAAGUAAAUAAAUUGUGAGUUUUGACAGUAUUAGCUUCAGAACCUAUGUUGUAUAUACCAGACAAAUGAGUUCCAUUGUCACUGUUUUUGUUGGUAUAUCCAAUGAAAAUAAAGGUUCUUUUUCACGCUA